AUGCUCGAGAUCUUCGGAUCGAGCGAUUCUUCCGACGAAAUCUCGCCUCACGCGAGUCCAUCUAACGAUAGGACGCGUGGUGAUGGUGGUGAUUCUUCUAUGCAGCAUUACGAGAAAAUCAACUCGAAAGAUCGAGCUGCCACUGGUGUCAGUGCGUGUGCUGACACCACUCAAGAGGCCAGGGACCGAAAUGGCCUGCGCCACUCUCCUCAAGUGGAGUCUCCUUGGAUGUCGUCAUCCAAAGAGUUAGAUCGAGUGGCUGGCGUGACCACUACACGAGACCGGGCUCCGUUGUUCGACUGCAGGAGGAUCUGUCCUCCUAAUCCCAGCACGAUAACUAUCCGUGCUGAAGAAAAGUUCUUCAUCGGUGCGUUUUUCAAACAUCGGUGGUACAAUGGCAACCGUGGUCGAGACGGUAAGGCCUUGGUGCAAGGAUGGAAUGCCUUCAUCCACAACAUCGAGUGCAUUGUCCGUGAGUCCUGGCUCGGUAAAAUUGAUGCAGCUCGUAUCACGUUUGAAUAG